AUGGACGACCUGUUCGACGUCUUUGACGACUCCCCGUCCAAUCAAAACCUCAACGUCGCAAAAGAAAAGCCGAGCAAGAAGCGCUCUGCCAACGGCGAUGUCAAAACUCCAGAGCCCCCCACCGCAUCCCAGGACACGCCCAUUCCCGACGCGAACGACGAGGAUCACGGCGUACCCGUGUCUGCCGACCCCGAGACCCCCGCCCCUGCUUCCGAGCCAAAGCGACAGAGACGCGACGAACCCGCCCCAGUCGUGACCGACUCGUUCGAGACCGAACAGUCCAGAGAGAUCGCUGCCGCCGCCGGCCUGCAAGCUUCCAAGGAAGAAGCAAACGUCGUCCUCUCGCAUCAAGUCCGCCAUCAAGUCGCCCUCCCUCCGGACUACGAUUACAUCCCCAUCUCCCAGCACAAGCCUCCGCCAAAUGGUCCUGCCAAAACAUACCCCUUCACCCUCGAUCCUUUCCAACAGGUCUCGAUUGCCAGUAUUGAGAGAAACGAGAGUGUUUUGGUCUCGGCUCACACCAGUGCCGGAAAAACCGUCGUCGCCGAGUAUGCUGUCGCCCAAUGUCUGCGCGAGAAUCAGAGAGUCAUCUACACCAGUCCCAUCAAGGCCUUGAGUAACCAAAAGUUCAGAGAAUUCCAGGCCGAGUUUGGUGAUGUCGGUCUUAUGACCGGUGAUGUUACCAUUAACCCUACAGCCACCUGUCUCGUCAUGACGACUGAGAUUUUGCGCUCCAUGCUGUACAGAGGUUCAGAGAUCAUGCGAGAAGUCGCCUGGGUCAUCUUCGACGAAGUCCACUACCUCCGCGACAAAUCUCGUGGUGUCGUCUGGGAAGAGACCAUCAUUCUCUUGCCCGACAAGGUCCACUACGUCUUCCUCUCCGCCACCAUCCCCAACUCGAUGCAGUUCGCCGAAUGGAUCACAAAGACUCACAACCAGCCCUGUCACGUUGUCUACACCGAUUUCCGUCCCACUCCCCUCCAGCACUAUCUAUUCCCUGCCGGCGCAGAGGGUAUUCAUCUUGUCGUUGACGAGAAGGGUGCUUUCCGCGAGGAGAACUUCCAGAAGGCCAUGGCCACCAUCGCCGAUAAGGCCGGCGAUGAUGGCUCAGAUCCUCUGGCUAAACGUAAGGGCAAGGGAAACAACAAGAAGGUGAACAAGGGUGGCAGAAAGGAAGGUCCUUCCGACAUUUACAAGAUUGUCAAGAUGAUCAUGAUGAAGAACUACAACCCUGUCAUUGUCUUCAGUUUCAGCAAGCGCGAUUGCGAGAAUUACGCCCUGCAGAUGAGUCAGCUAGCUUUCAACGACGACAACGAAAAGGCGAUGGUCAAGAAAGUCUUCGAGAGCGCCAUCGAGAUGCUCAGCCCAGAGGAUCGCGAGUUGCCUCAGAUUCAGCACUUGUUGCCUCUUUUGCGCAGAGGUAUCGGUAUCCAUCACUCCGGUCUUCUCCCGAUCCUCAAGGAGACCAUCGAGAUCCUCUUCCAGGAAGGUCUCAUCAAGGUCUUGUUCGCUACCGAAACCUUCUCCAUCGGUUUGAACAUGCCUGCCAAGACUGUUGUCUUCACCAGUGUACGCAAGUUCGAUGGUGUCGCUGAGCGCUGGGUUACUCCUUCCGAGUUCAUUCAAAUGUCUGGACGUGCCGGAAGAAGAGGUCUUGAUGAACGUGGUAUCGUCAUCAUGAUGAUUGACGAGAAGAUGGACCCUGCUGUUGCAAAGGAAGUCGUUCGUGGUGAGCAAGACAAGCUGAACUCGGCUUUCUACCUUGGUUACAACAUGAUUCUCAACCUCAUGCGUGUUGAGGGCAUCUCGCCUGAGUUUAUGCUUGAGAGAUGUUUCUACCAGUUCCAAAACACAGCUAGCGUCGCAGGACUUGAGAAGCAACUGCUGGAGCUGGAGCAAGAGAGAAACCAUAUGAGCAUCGAAGACGAGCCGACGAUCAAGGAUUACUACGACCUCCGCACCCAACUCAACAACUAUGCGAAGGAUAUGCGCGAUGUCGUGAACCACCCUCAACACUGCCUCCAGUUCCUUCAAUCUGGCAGACUGGUCCGAAUUAAGCAUAACGAUCACGACUUUGGGUGGGGCGCUGUUGUUAAUUUCGCCAAGUGCCGUCCUCCCAAGGGCCAGCCAGUACAAGACCCACCCAAUGCAAGCUCAUAUGUCGUGGACGUCUUGCUCCAGGUUGCAAGCGAUGUGACUGUACCGGCUAACAAGAACAACGACGAGCUCCCCUCUGGCGUUCGUCCUCCUGUGGCAGGUGAGAAGGGUAAGAUGGAAGUGGUUCCAGUUUUGCUCUCGACGGUCGAUGCCAUCGGCCAUCUCAGAAUUUUCUUGCCCACAGACCUACGAUCGCCCGAUCAGAGGAACAAUGUGCGCAAGGGUCUGGAAGAAGUCAAGAGAAGAUUCCCUGACGGUAUUGCUAUUCUCGAUCCUGUUGAGAACAUGGGAAUUACCGAUGAAGGAUUCAAGAAGCUGCUUCGCAAAAUCGAGAUUCUCGAGUCAAGACUCCUCUCCAAUCCGCUUCACAACUCACCGAGACUCGCAGACCUUCACACUCAGUACGAGCACAAGGUCCAGCUUGGUAACAAGAUCAAGGAUGUCAGAAAGCAGAUCAACGAUGCCAUGUCAGUCUUGCAGAUGGAGGAGCUCAAACACAGAAGGAGAGUCCUCCGCCGUCUGGGCUUCAUCAGUGAAGCCGAUGUGGUGCAGCUGAAAGCCCGUGUCGCUUGUGAGAUCAGCACUGGUGACGAGCUGGUACUCAGCGAGUUGCUCUUCAACCGCUUCUUCAACGAGCUUACACCCGAACAAUGUGCGGCGGCUCUGAGCUGCUUCAUCUUUGAGGAGAAGAGUAACGAGACGCCAUCAUUGAAGGAGGAGCUUGCCAAGCCUUUCCGUGAGAUCCAGGCACAGGCUCGUACUGUGGCCAAGAUUUCGCAGGAGUGUAAGCUGCCCGUCAACGAAGAUGAAUACGUCGAAGGCUUCAAGUACCAGCUUAUGGAGGUAGUUUACAAGUGGUGCAACGGAGCGACCUUUGCUGAGAUUUGCAAAAUGACCGAUGUGUACGAAGGCAGUCUGAUUCGUCUGUUUAGACGUCUCGAAGAGCUUCUGCGACAAAUGGCACAAGCGUCCAAGGUUAUGGGAAGUGAGGAGCUCGAGCAGAAGUUCGAGGUCGCGCUUACCAAGGUGAGACGUGACAUUGUUGCAGCACAAUCGCUGUACCUGUAA